AUGUCUCUCGCCGGAAAAGUCGUCCUCGUUACGGGAAGUACCAAAGGCAUCGGAAAAGCGGUCAUCGAACGUGUCGCCGCCGACGGCGCAAGCGUUGUCAUCAACUACUCCAGCGAUGGCGCCCCAGCAGAAGAGAUGGUAAAAAAGAUUGGCUCUGAUAGAGCCCUAGCCGUCAAGGCCGACGUGUCCAGCAUUCCUGAAAUUGAGAAGCUGGUAAACGCUACAGUGGAAAGGUUCGGCAAGAUCGAUUGCCUUAUGGCCAACGCUGCUUGUGCGCCCAUGAAUGAUCUUGAGAGUUCGACGGAGGAGGCUUUCGAUAAGGCCUUUCUACUUAAUGUCAAGGGACCUUACUUCUUGGUUCAAAAAGCUGUUCCCCAUAUGCCUCGCGAUGGCCGUGUCAUUCUCGUCUCAACAGGCAUCCUACACAACUCCACUGUUGCACCACGCUAUCUCCUGUACGCAGCUUCCAAGGGUCCUAUUGAACAAAUGACGCGAGUAAUGGCCAAGGACCUUGGACAAAAGUACGGCAUCACUGUUAACUGCAUUGCUCCAGGCCCCACUGCUACGGAAAUGUUCUUCCAGGGCAAGUCACAAGAGAUGAUCGACAUGAUCGCGGGAUUCAGUCCGUUGAACAGGCUGGGAAAGCCAGAGGAGAUUGCAGAAGUUGCGGCAUUCUUGGCUGGGCCUGGCAGUUCAUGGGUUUCUGGACAAGUCAUCGGGGCAAAUGGAGGAUCAUUUGUGUAA